AGGCACUCAGAGCAAGCACAGACUGGACAAAGAGCACUUGCACAAAUAAACUGCUGUAGAAGCCAGAAAACCAUAAUGUCUGAACGUAGGGUGCCUUUCACUUUCCUCCGCACUCCAAGCUGGGAUCCAUUCCGAGACUGGUACCAAGGUGGCAAUCGUCUUUUUGACCAGUCAUUUGGGAUGCCUCAUAUUCCUGAGGACUGGUACCACUGGCCAAGCACCAGCUGGCCAGGUUAUGUUCGCCUUUUCCCAACCCAGUCUAUGGAAGUGGCACCCACUACUACACCAGCUGUUACCUCACCUGCUGUGGCAAGUGCUCCAGACUUUAACCGGGCCCUGAGCCGCCAACUCAGUAGUGGAAUCUCAGAGAUCCGCCAAACAUCAGAUCAUUGGAAGGUCAGUUUGGAUGUUAACCAUUUUGCUCCAGAGGAGCUGGUUGUGAAAACCAAAGAUGGAAUUGUGGAAAUUACAGGAAGACAUGAAGAGAAACAAGAUGAACACGGAUUCAUCUCCAGAUGUUUCACCAGAAAAUACACUCUUCCCGCAGUAGCUGAUUUUACGGCAGUUGCGUCAUCUCUUUCCCCAGAUGGUGUUUUAACCGUAGAGGCUCCAAUAAAGAAACCGGCUAUUCAGUCUGCCGAGAUAACCAUUCCAGUCACUUUCCAGAGCCGGGCUGAGAUCGGUACAUCUGAUGCCAAAAAAUCAGAGCAAGCAGCCAAGAAAUGAAGGCACCACCACAGACUACUAACACCACAUAUAUUUAAACAGAUAUUACAGUUUUGACAAAUAAUGUAUAACUAGAAGAGAACUUUAGCUGUAAAGCUCAACUGCCAAAUCACCUUGGUGUAUUGUUGACUUACUGUUUUAGAAUGGACAAUAAAUACAAGUUCACAACUAAAUUAACACAUAUGCUAACAAUAGUGUCAAAGUAGAAGUCUUAUGUUUAGUAAUUAAUUCAUGGAUGUUUAUGAUUUCCUGUAUGCUGUAGAAUUAUUUUUACCUGGAGUGAGCCAAGCUGACAAUUGAGUUUUUUGUAGAAUAUCGGAGAACAUCUAGCAUAUUUCCAUCGUAUGGUAUAUGUUGUUACCUUGGUUUCUAUGAAUUACAUUUGUUUAAUAUGGAUGUGUGUGUAUAUUUAUAUAUAUAUAUAUAUAUAUGAACAAUGUGACUAGCACAUAUCUAUAUAUCUAAAUGUAUUUGUAUGAUCCCAUAAAAUCAACUGAUUAGUACAACUAAAGUUUUGUGAAAAAUAAAUGGUUUGACAUAAUCGCCCAUA